CACGAUGACCCCCCGCAUAACAGACAAUUUUAGUCAAUUCUUCGGCUUCUUCGCUGAAUUGAGCUUCACUCCGACUUCUCCUGCCUUUGCAGUCAUCCUUCCCGGAGCAAGAACGUCUGCACGUUCAAGAGAUGCAUUCGAUCAAUGCAUUCAUUCAACAUCGCUUUUGCUGAUUGCGAUGAUAUCUACUUUCCCAAUCCGGCCAUCUUCCGAUUAUAUGUCAGCUAAAUGA